AUGGACCACCAGCAGUCUCCCCAACACAAUCACAAGUGCAAAGAGGCCGAAGCCGUGGGAUACUCGUCACCAGACUCCGUCCUCGCGCGCAGGAACUCGGCAGUGCCCGGCACGGCCAGCGGCGCAGAUGCCACUCGGACGGCAGGCAAGAGGAGCAUGACUGCUUCGUCACGGGAAGACGGCGAUGCCCACACAAUGGAAUACGACACCUCGUCGGGUCCGACACCACCCUACACCCCGGCACCCUCACCAAUGCUCAGCAGCACUUGCUCGGAAAACAUGACGGAAGACGAGAUUCGAAGAGACGUCAUCCUCUUCAUCGGCGAGGAGAUGGAGGCAGUCGGCGAAUACUCCUGGUGCUUCCAAUUCGCCGACGACAAGCCCCCGAUCACGCCCGAAUCGUUGGCCGAGUUGGACAUGCCACGGAUCAUAAACAACCCCAAGCUGAGACACGACGUCAACUUCGAUCGAGAGCUCCAUUUCAGGCCGAAUCUGGACGGAUCCAAGGGCAAGCAGAAGAUUGCGCAGGCUGACCGGUACUGGAAAGCCCUCGAGGCCGAGUUUGUGAUCCACAACCUCGCCCUGCAACGGAGGGCACAGUCACUCGCAAACGAUGCUUACUGGAGCCGGGUCGGGAAGGCGUCCCUCGUGCGAUUGCCCAAAAUCUUUGCCGCAAUCCGCGACAUCCUCAAGACGUUGGUGCCCGACUACGAUCAAAAGGCAGUCCAAGAGCGAUUGGAGGUGGACCACCUGAUGCAGCAGAUCCACAACGGUGUUCUGGAUCUCGUCAGCCUCGGAAACUGGCUGGCGAGGAUCUUGAAGAAUCAUUGCGCUCCCAUGCGUGAUCAGCUGGUCGACACCAUGCGCCAGUCGAUCGAGAACGGCGCGGUGGAGAAUGAUUGUAAGAAGUUGGUGAGCGGUCUGCGUCAGCUGAUGACCAUCCUGGAACACAUGAAGCUGGAUGUCGCCAAUCACCAAAUCCGGCAUAUGCGGCCACUACUGAUCGAGGACACGAUCAACUUUCAGCGUCGAUACAAUGCCCAUCGGAUCGCCGUCGGCAAGAUCAAUGCGACGGAUGCGAAACUGUGGCUCGAUGACAAAGUCCAGCCGCAUGGCUACGAACCGACGCCUCUCCUCGCUCUGACUCGUGGACUGAUCGGGGAUCUCGUCUACAACCCGACUUCCUCAUCUUGCCCACAGACAUUCUACCUCGACUCCGAUCGACUUCGAGCGUUGAGGUUGGAACUGCACAGCAGGACCUACCUCGCAAUCUGUCGAGACGUGCUCUGGGAGAUGUCCGAUGGCCGAUUGAGCGAAUCGGACUUGAUCAGGGCGAGCGAUGCGUUGCAGAGCUCUAUUGCUGCGAUUGUGGGUACUCAGGGCAGAUUUGUCGAUCGCAUUGAGAACAUUGCUGCCGAAAUUGUGCGCGUCCUGCUCGUUGCGGAGGACCGCCAUCUGCCCUUCGACAGCAGUCUGGUCAUGCUCGCCGAGCAGAAGCUUGUGAACUACCUCCGUCAGGAUUGCGCCGCUUUUCGGGAAAACGCGCGCUUCCUGGUGGACGAGCUUGUUCCCAAGGUUCAAGACCGUGUCAGAGAACACGUGCGACUGUCGGCACUGCAUCUUCAAGACGCGCUGGUACCGCCUGCCCUGCCCAAACACUCCUCGAUGGGGUUCGGGGCCGUGUGCGAGCCGACACUCACCACGUCGGGAGCGACACCGAUCGAUCCCGACGAGGACCUCAUCCGACGAUUCACGCACAUCAUCGCUUUGCACUGGGAUGUCUGGGCCGACCUCGUCUAUCUGGUGGAGACUCCCGAGAAAGAAGAGGACGGCGCCUCGGAGCAUGGCAGCGAUAGCACGAUCCUUCAUUCUCAGACCAAUUCUCCGACGAUCCCGGUGGCUCAAGCCGUGUAUGCCCCCGGACGCAAGUGGCUGCCAAUCAGCGUCACAGUCACCGACGUCCAGAGCUCACUACCAACGCCAGCCGCAUCGCCACCAUCCGAAGAUGAGUCUGCACCUGGAACACAUGAGCAGAAGAACGAAGAAUAA